AGUGUGGAGGUCUGAGUUUCUGAUUGGAGAACCUAUUGUUUUGCAAAUUCAGGGGAGUACUUGGCUUUAUGUAAAGCCAAGAUGGCAGCAGAAGGAAGAGCUUCAGAAUAUACCUGAAGGAAAUUCACCCUUCAACUUUAUUGGCAACUGCUUUUCCUGUUUUUUAAAAUUUAGUAUUUGUUCCCAUUGACAUAUAAUUCUAGAGAAAACAAUUACUGAAGAAAGAAAAAUCAGGGAACUGGAGAUACUCAGGUUGGACUUUAGAACACACAUCUUUGAAACCUUUUACAUAUCCAAUGCCUGAGACAAGGUUUUUUCAUGCUGGUGUGAAUGUAUACAAAUUUAAGAUCAAAUAUGGCAAUACAAUUAGUGUUAAUACUAACCUUGAUGAAAGCAUUGUCAGUAAGGAGCUACAGGAUGCUAUUCGUGUAGUACUUGGAAACCUUGAUAGUCUAUGCCCUUUUACGACUGAACACUUGAUCAUAUUUCCAUAUUUAAAUAAGUGGGAAAGAGUUUCAGAUUUGAGGUUUAUGCAUGGUGAUGAAUUUCUUACUCCUUAUCCAUUUGUGUGCACUAUUUAUGUCGAAUUAAAUUCAUGCAAGCAAAAUAAAUGUGAAGGUGAAGGAGAAUAUAAGGAUUUCUGUAACUCCACCAAAAAAAGAAAUAAAUUGAGAGAGAACGUGGACAUAGAAAGAGCUACCAAACAAAAAAGACUGGAAGAUGUAUUAGAAACUUCACAUACACAGCACUAUGUCAACAGAAAUUUGACUGAAAAUGCAAUUUUUAUGAAUACAAGCCAACCAAAUGCUGAAUUUGAUAGGACAGGACUUCAGAAAUAUAUGACGUAUCCAAUGAAGAAUCAGUCAGAAGAAACCAAGUAUUCAUGCUGUAGCUCUGUCAUCUCCACCCAUGGUUAUAAUGUAAAGGCUUUAGAACAACAUAUGGAAAUUAACAGAACAAAAAAUGCAGAGAACAAUAAACAAGAGAAAGAUAAAACUUCACAGAACAGAUCAGAGCAAAGAAUGGAGAAAAAAAAGAAAGGAUUCUUGGAAUACUUGAAAAGAAUAUUUUUCAACAUCCACUCCAACUUAUCUGGCACCAAGGACUGGUUUCAUGGAAGACAAAGGUUUCCAUGCUCCGGGGGGGCGGGGAGAGGGAAACCUAGAUCCCGUACAUUGAAGAUGAACCUUCACUUACUUGCCCACCUCUUCCUUGGCCUGGUUUCUAACUGGCCAUGGGUCAUUACUGAACCAUGGCCUGGGGGUUGGGGACCCCUGCUGUAGAGGAAGUUUUCAACAAACACUGAGGAGUUCAUAACAUGAAUAGAUUGUACAAGGAAUAUAAAAUGUAGUGUUGAUUUAAUAGUUAUGUGAUAGACAAGAUUGUAUCUGUACAUUAGUGCAAUAAUCUUUAUGUGAAUAUUGCAAGUUAAAGAAUGCAGAUGGGAUGUGAUUACAGAAGUUUUACAAGGAAAAGACAGUACAAAUAUUCUUGUAUGCAGUAAAACAGGCUGCCUUCUUGGAAAUCUUUGUUUUUAAAUGUUGAUGUUCUGGGUUGAGCAAUGCUCUAAGUGCAAUUUUUUUUGUGUCCCGUAUCAGUGCUCUCUUUCCACAGUUUCCUCAACAAUAUUUUAGUGGCAAUGAUCAAGCCUCGUGAGUCCCUUGUGUAACUGCAAAGAUAAGAGAUGCCUCUUCAAGAAUAUAGAAAUUCAAAAGAAAGGAGCUUGCUGUUCGACUUAAUACAGUUAGUUUAAAAACAUUAAGAUGCUUUAGGAUCUCAUAUGUGCAUAUUGUUUAUAUUAUUAGUUUACCUUUAAAUGUUUAACAUAAAAUCAGUAACUGACUCCUUUAAAUUUCUUAUUCAAAUAUAUAUUGUUAGCAUUAAAAACAUUUUUAAAAAAUAAACAUUCAAGUCCAGAGUUGCUCAUG